CGCGCGCGGCCGCUGCCACCUCCGCUGCUCGGCCCGGUCCCGGUGCGGCCCGGCCGGCCCGCGGGACGCGGAGCCGAGGCCGCGGCCGGCCGCAUGAAGGACUGCGAGUACCAGCAGAUCAGCCCCGGGGCUGCCCUGCCGCCCGCCUCUCCAGGGGCGCGCCGCUCCGGCCCCGCCGCGCCGCCCGGCCCGGGCCCCGGGCCCCCGUCGCCCGCCGCCGCACCGCGCUGGAGCGGCAGCGGGAGCAGCGGCCGCCGCCCACGGCGCAAGUGGGAGGUGUUCCCGGGCCGCAACCGCUUCUACUGCGGCGGCCGUCUCAUGCUGGCCGGCCACGGCGGCGUCUUCGCGCUCACGCUGCUGCUGAUCCUCACCACCACCGUCCUCUUCUUCGUCUUCGACUGUCCCUUCCUGGCCCGCCAGCUGACCCUCGCCAUCCCCAUCAUCGCUGCCAUCCUCUUCUUCUUCGUCAUGAGCUGCCUGCUGCAGACGAGUUUCACCGACCCCGGGAUCCUGCCCCGGGCCACUGUCUGUGAGGCAGCCGCCCUGGAGAAACAAAUUGACAACACAGGCAGUUCCACAUACCGGCCUCCCCCUCGGACCCGGGAGGUGAUGAUCAAUGGACAGAUGGUGAAGCUGAAGUACUGCUUCACCUGCAAGAUGUUUCGGCCGCCCCGGACCUCGCACUGCAGUGUCUGCGACAACUGUGUGGAACGGUUUGACCAUCACUGUCCGUGGGUGGGCAACUGUGUGGGGAGACGGAACUACCGCUUCUUCUACGCGUUUAUUCUCUCCCUCUCAUUCCUCACGGCCUUCAUCUUCGCCUGCGUGGUCACCCACCUGACGCUGCGCUCUCAGGGAAGCAACUUCCUCUCCACUCUGAAGGAGACACCAGCAAGUGUGCUGGAAUUGGUGAUCUGCUUUUUCUCCAUCUGGUCCAUCCUGGGCCUCUCAGGGUUUCAUACUUACCUCGUCGCCUCCAACCUGACAACUAAUGAAGACAUCAAAGGCUCGUGGUCCAGCAAGAGGGGCGGUGAGGCCUCUGUCAAUCCCUACAGCCAUAAAAGUGUCAUUACCAACUGCUGUGCUGUGCUCUGCGGCCCCCUACCUCCCAGCCUGAUUGACCGGAGGGGAUUUGUGCAGUCUGACGCCAUGUUGCCCUCACCCAUCAGAAGCAGCGAGCCAGCCUGUGGAGCCAAGCCUGAUGCCAGCAUGCUGCUGCCCCACAUUGGGACACACACACAGUGCGCUAAGAGCUAAAGAAUAAUUACAGCAGCCAUUUAGCAAGGGCUUGCCAGGUGCCAGGCCCAUUUUCUCACCUGAACCUAUGAGGGAGGUGAUGUCAGCCUUUUUACAGAUGAGAAAACUGAAGUUCAAGGAAGGCACAGGAGUUGCCUGGAAUACCCCAGCUGAUAAAGCACAAAGCCAGGAUUUGAACCCGAUCUCUGAGGCACUGAGGGAACUGACCUGGCUCUGACAGCCCCAGAAUCUUCUGAGGAACUAAAGGAAACGGGGUGAGCCUCGGAACCCUGACCUCUGACCCUUCUGCAUUGCCCAAGGAGUGAACAGGGGUGCUGUAGGAGUAGAAGAUCUCAGUGGGAGAAACCCUACAAUUAGAGAACGUCAUGCAUACCCAGCAGGGGGCUUACAGAUGAUCUGUGCCAGCCUCCUUGUACUAAUGGGGAAACUGAGGCCCAGAGGCAGGAAGGGACUUGCCCAAGCCUUAUAACAGAGCUGAGAUGCAGUCCCACCCUCUGACUUCAUUCCAUUCUCUUUCCAAAAAUUCCACACUAUGUCCUAGACUGGACUGGACGAGGAGAUGUGGGAGACUCUCAACAGCAGUGCCUUGAGGAGAAAAAGACUCAGGAAAGCUGAGUCACUUAAAAGCAAUCUAAUAUUCCCUCCCAAAGGCAACUAGCAGAGUAAGCUCCUGGCUGGGUAACUGGACUCUAGUUCACAACUAAUCAGGGGGAGAAGGUGCCAUAGCUGCUUCCAGUCACCUGUUUAGUUUGAUCAUUCCCAGACUGAAAAAAAUUUCCCAGGAAGUUCUUUCUGGGCUCCAACCCAAGUGCCCCUUGCUGGACUCAGAGCCCUAUCCUCUGUUCCAGGGGAGAUGGGCAGCAACUGGUUGCUGUCUUCUCUUUGGCACAACCCUUUAAAGGCUAUUCUUACUAGCUAAGGUUGGUUGUCUCUGGGAACAGAGGUCUUGAGCCUGUUGGUAGGAUGGAUACUAUAUGGAAGGGUGGGGAGGUGGCAGGCAGGAUGAUAGCCCCCUUGGGCCGCGGCCCCAUCUCCUGCCCUGCUGACUCAGGCAGCUGACUCUGAAACUCUGUGCCCUGCCAGGGCCUGCUGCCUCCUGUCUGCCUGGGCUCCUGGGCUUGGGAAGGGGAGGCCUGGAGGCAAAGGGAGGUGCCUGAGACAGGAACUGAGUCAGGAUCUACAGGCCAGAGUGGGCAGGAGGUGUUAGGCAGCGCGGCUCCUGGAUCGCGCCUGAGCUUCAGCAAGGGAGGGGGAGAGGUAAAGAGGCUUCCUUUCCUCUACCCUUUUCAGGCUCCCAAGCUUGUGCUGUGAACCACCACCAGAUCUGGCGUGAGUGGUAGGCAGAGAAUGCUCCCUCUCUGGAGACAGAAGCAGUUCCAAAAUUCCUAGGCAUGCCAGGCCCUGCCUUCUAGCUUUCUGGUGUUCUGGGAUCUCCAGCUUUCCCCCAGGACUUGGGGAAGCCUGGGCUGGAUGACGAGUACAAGGGCAGGUCCUUGAGUCCCAGGGCCUGUGUUGGCCAGAGGAAUGUCCGAGAUGGGGGGAGAGGAGGCAGUGCUGAGCGGGCACAUCUGCACGUUCAUCCGUCUUCUCUCCCCUGUGGACUCCCAGCUGGGAAGGGUCUGGUCUUCACCUAUGGCCCAGUGUGGGACCCCCCUCUUUCCUAGAACUCAGAUCCAUGUUAGUGUGUUGAGUGUAGAUGCUUAUAGUAAGAUGGGUUGGGUUUUUUUUCACAUAAUAAUAAUAGUUACCAUCCACUCUAUUAAGUGCUUUUCAUCAACUCAUUUAAUCCUCACAAAAAGCCCCAUUUUACACUUAGGAAAACUGAGGCUCACAGAGGUUAAGCCAUUUGGACAAGGCCACGACAGCUUAUAAGAACUGAACUCAGGCAGUCUGAUUCUGAAGAUACUCAGCUAUUCUGUCUCAUAGAAAAAUAAUACAUAUUCACCACUGGUAACUUGAAGCCAAUAGGAAAAUCAAAAGAAAAAAAACUCGGAACCCCAUAAGCUAAAGAUAACACUGUGCCAGCUGGCAUUUCAGUAUAUCUCCUUUCCAUCUUAUUUGUCAGUGAUCCAAUUUGAGCAAAGCCUUUGGGAUGUCAAGCCUAAAAUCCCUCUGCUUCCUUAGAAAAUCUGUAGCCUCAGCCCAGACAUGUUCCUACUUUUCCUUCAAAGAGGCUGCUCUCAUUUUCAGGCCUCAGAGUUCUGGUCUAAGCCUUCUUCUGGGAGGGGAGGGUGGGUAUUCAGACACCAAGAGGAACUGGGGAGGGACAGGCCGAUGAAAUGGUCCUGGCUCAAGGACUAGGCUGGAAGGGGAGCCCCCCCCACCCACCCGGAGCCCCUCCACUACCCCACUCCAUCUGAGUUUUGGCUAGGGGCGGGGCAGAGAAGCAGGAACCCACGCUCGUAGGCACAGUGCCAGCACCUGUAGGUGAAAUUCUUGGCUGACACAAGGCCAGAGCCCCAGCAAACAGGGGUGGAAGGUUAGCGACAGAGUCUCCAUCUCUGAGGCCUCUGCCAGAGGGUCAGAGGUAGGGCCAUGGUCAAAGGGGAGGGACCAGGGAAACUUCUGAAAGGCAGGCUGGGGGAGGCAGCCCUCAGCUGGGGCUGCUACCCCAUAAAACAAAAUGGCAUGUGUCACCACCGCCUCCUUUUUCUCGGUCCUGUCUCUCUCCUCAGUUGCUAGCGUCCUCCCUGGGGAACUUAAACUGGGCUGAGCAGCCAGGUGGCCUGCUUCCCAGCCUCUGAUAGAGGGCGGGUGAUUGAGGCAGGAAAGUGGGACAACCAGCAAGCUGAGCCCCACCCUCUGUGAGCCCCACUGAUACACCAGGCAGCUUGGAGGGGGCAGGUGACCUGUGUGGAGUGCCAGAGGGUAAGUUCUCCAACAAGUGGCAACAGGCCGCCAACUUGAAAGGGAAAUUGUGCUGUGAAGGGGCAGGUGUCCAACAAACCUACUGGGUGACUAAUUACAAAGGCUAGGCUGGAGCGUCAGAGGCCACUCGUUAAACACCUCAUUAAGUGGCACCCUGAAAGCUGCCAUAUGUGCAUUCUGGGAAUCCAGAGGGGACAGGACUCUGAGGGGCGUGAGGACUGGGGGAUGGAAGACUCUGGACAGAGCCUGGAUCUCACUUCUAUAUACAGUCUGGAGCUCUCAUGUCAGAGGCCUUGAUGGAAGAGACGCCAAAGGAAGUAGUUUGCAGGGGAGAGUAGCUGUGUGACCUUGAUCAAAUCUCAUCCCUCUCUGAGCUCAGGUAUUCCCACUUUUAAAUUAGAUCAUGGAUGUGAAAGUGCUUGGGAAAUGGCAGUUCUCCCUAAACUUGAAUUAUCUCACUUGAACCAAGGUGGGAAUCAUACCUGGCAGGAUUAGGAUGCCCAUCCUCCUGCACCUGGCUUUAUGGGCUCUGGCUAGGCUAAAGCGGUCAGGUGACCGAAGCCUCCUUAGCCCUGGAACACUGGGGAAGCUACCUAACGUGGGCACCCAUGUAAUGGGAGCCCUGAACAAAAGGGGGCGGCCUGGAGCCUGGAAAGGUUCUGCACAGGUGGGGCCAAUGCCCAGAUUUCUUCUGCUGACUGUCCGGAUGACUCACUCCC